UUUUUUCUGUUUCUUUCACGCUCACUUAGUUUGUACAUGAACUCCCAGGAGUGUGUUUGUGCACCCCGUUCGGUUCUGUCAAGAAUCAACUCUGUCGUUCCCAUGAUUUGAGCCCGCUCCCGUCCUGUCCCAGCAUCACCAUGUCCACCGGAUCUCUCAGCGACGUCGACGACGAGCUCUUGGACGGCAUUCUCAAGUUCGGCUCCUCCGGUAAGGACUCCAAUGAGAGCACGGAGGAGAGCUCCAACUGCGAGGGCAGCUUCGUCACCGAGGGCAGGAGGAGAGAGGCGUCUGGCAAGAAGCGCAAGAGCUCGUCACGCAAAAGUGCGCCCAAGGGUGUGGCGCAGCAGGAGGGCAAACAGGUGCAGAGGAACGCAGCCAACGCGCGCGAGAGAGCCAGGAUGCGCGUGCUGUCCAAGGCGUUCUCGCGACUGAAGACCUCCUUGCCGUGGGUCCCGCCGGACACCAAGCUCUCCAAGCUGGACACGCUGCGCCUGGCGUCCAGCUACAUCGCGCAUCUCCGGCAGAUUCUGGCUAACGACAAGUAUGAAAACGGAUAUACGCACCCAGUUAACCUGACGUGGCCCUUCAUGGUCGCAGGGAAACCGGAGACUGACCUGAAGGAGAUGCUGAACGGGACUCGGUUGUGCGGAACGACCGCGUCCUGAUGCGAUGAAGUGGGAGAAGCUUUUUUUCUCUCUCUCUCUCUCGCUGUCUCUCUUUCAAAAGACAGAAAAACAUCUAAGUUUGACUAAAAUACAGUCUCAUCUCCGCAGGCUGUGAGUGGGAAUAACAGAGGGAGCGCAUCCUCUCUCUCGACGUUCCCGUAUUUGAAAAGAUCAAUUUAUUUAAGUAGAUUCCGUCACCUGCUAUCUUUGCUGGCUCAAAGAUAACCUUUUUAUACUUUUUUUGUACUUUGUUAUAAUCUGCAGGUGUUUUUUUCUUCCUGUCUUAAAUUUCUGUACAGAUUGCAUGUAUAUAAAAUAUUUUCUCCACCUCUAACCAUGUGUGUUGGAUGUUAUUAUUAUUUCCUUUUUAAUGUCGCUGUGUGGGCCAGUUCUCUGACCUGCUCACCUUUCUUAUCAGUGUUCUCCUUCAGAAUAGCAGAACCUGAGCACCGACAAAGCGUGGUUCCUGAUAAGGCCCUCUCUGUUGUUUCUGAAAGAUAACGGUGGACGUGGAUACCAUUGCAUAAACAAACCGCUCGUGCUUUCAGAGAUGAGUCCAAGUCCCGAAAUGGACCUGCGGCUCAUUCUGGUAAAUCUGUUCUGCUUGGGCUAUUUCAUAUCUUUAAUGCAUUCAGUAGUCGCUAAUUGGAUUUAAUUGGCCAAGGGAUUAUAUUUGUUUAGGCAAAGGCUUGAUUGGUUCCUCCUUGGUUCAGUCAAUAAAAAUGUGUGGCCCUUCAAAGCAGAGGGGAACCUAUCCCCAGUUUAACCCGCCCAGGCCAGUUGUUUUAAUUUGCCCGGGUUAUGACCGCAGUGUUUACAUCAUGCCGACAGUUAUUUAUGCACACACCGCCUCUCGCUCUCCCUCUCUCCUUUUUUUUCUCACAGAAGGAUCCCAAAGAAAAAGUGUUUGCAUACAUCUCGUUGUUUUUUUUGUUUGUUUCAUAGAAAUUCCUUCACUUUUAUCCUAAUUUUCUGGUGUCUCUUCCAACAGAAAAUACCCUGCAGCUAUUAUCUGCCUAAAUUAAAACAACAAACACUUUAACUUGACUAGAGAACAGAAAUGGAUCAAAAUGAUCUUCGUUGCGUGCAUUCUGAAAAAGAAAGAAAACAAGUGUAAGUUUUACAAUGCUUUUUCAAUUUUUUUGUGUGUGUGUGUUUUUGACAC